UAUAAAUAUUUUAUUUAAGAAUAAAAUUAAAAAUAAAAAAUGCUAGACGAUUCAAAGUUUUUCAAAUUAGCUUAGGAUUUCCCCAAAAAUCUUAAUAUAUAAUUAAAUCCUAAAUUAUACGUUACUAGAACAUGGUUUAGAAAUUAUUGGAUACUCGGUAUUUUUGUUCCAGUUGCUUAUUUUUUAUAUUAAUAACCACGUAUUUUCUUACCCUAUUAAUAUUAUCCUUAGAGAACUACUUAUUGUGCUAAACCAGAUUAUAUGAAUAAUUAGGUUGUAUUUUAUUCAAGAGUAAGAGCAAAUACAUUACAUGAUUUUUGAAAGAAGAAAAUUAUUUAUUUUUGUUAUUUUCUUUUUUCUUUUU